AGAGCCAGAAAGAAAGUAGUGCUGAUUACAGCAAAGAGAAGAAGAAAAAAAUUAAUAAUAAUAAUAAAAAGAAACAUUGGUCUCUUCUCUCUCUUUGGUCUUUGAGUUUUUAUUGGACAAGGUUGAGCCUACUAUUGUCGUCGUGGGUGCCCACUACCAGCUUUUUUUUUGUCUUCUACUUUUUUUUUUUCCAUAAUAAUAUUAUCUGGUCUUUGGUUUAUUAUUAUUGUUAUUAGUUGUGUUACUUGUGUAUAAUAUAUGAUAAUAAUUUAUAUUAUUAUUAUCUUUUAUUUUUUAUAUGGGUGAUGGUUUCUUUUUCUCUUUCUUAAAAAACAACAAGAACAAGAACAAGUUAUAGACAGAAGGUAGGAGGAGGAGGAGGAGAGAACUAGAAGAAGACGAAUAUUAUUAUUAAUAAUUUUUAUAUUUAUUUUUAUUAUUAUUCUUUUCUUUUUAUAGAUAUAGAGUUGAUCUUUUAUUUUAUUUUAUUUUUGCAACUCUUCUAUGUCUCAACCAAGGCAAUUUCAGAUGGUUGGUAAUAACAAUCCGGGACAAUUCAGUGACACAACUCUUACCAAAAUCUUUGUUGGAGGGUUGGCUUGGGAGACUCAAAGGGAGACCAUGAAAAGAUAUUUUGAACAGUUUGGAGAGAUCUUAGAAGCUGUUGUUAUUACAGAUAAAAACACUGGAAGAUCCAAGGGCUAUGGCUUUGUUACUUUUAAGGAUCCAGAGGCAGCCAUAAGAGCAUGUCAAAACCCAUCUCCUGUGAUUGAUGGAAGAAGAGCAAACUGUAACGUUGCCUCUCUUGGUGCACAGAAAACCCGUCCACCAACUCCUCAACAUGGAGGAGCAGGAAGGUUUAGACCAAGCCCUGGAAUAGUGACUCCACCAGCUUAUCAAGGCUCAACAUCAACAUACUUUCACCAACCCACUGCUCAAUAUUCAAUUCCUUACUCAGCUUAUGGUUACACCGGGUAUUCACAAGACUCCAUGUAUCCCAUGAACUAUUAUGGUGUGUAUGGAGGUCAACAAUAUCCACCAUAUGUAGCAACCUCUGGGGGUUCUGGGGCAGCUGCUGCCAUGUACCCUAAUUUCUACCCUUUAUAUGCUCAAUAUGCACAGAGUGGCCAAGCUCAUCACCCUGGUUUCAAUGUGCAAUACCCUCAAAUGGUACAAUACCCGUAUUUGCCUCAGCAGUAUGGGGAUUACGUACAAAAGCUUUGCUCAGCUAACACAUGUUUGCUUUUUUAGAACAAUAGCUAGGGAAAGUCUUUUUUUUUUAUUUUUUGUUAUGAUCAUCAUCGUUAAGUAGUGUUUAGCAUUAGAAGGAUAAGAAUCCUAUUCAUUUUACAUUUCUAUGCAUUGGCAUAAGGUAGAAGCUGAAUAUUGGCUUUAGGUUCUACCUUGCAUACCGAUUACAAUUUUAUGCAUUGGCAUAAGGUAGAAGCUAAAUAUUGGCUUUGGAUUCUACCUUGCAUACCGAUUACAAUUUUAUGCAUUGGCAUAUAAGGUAGAAGCUGAAUAUUGGCUUUGGAUUCUACCUUGCAUACUGAUAACUAGAUAAUUAUUAUUAUCAUUUCCAUAUUGUACUAUGUCUUAGGAAGCAAAAAGCAUCCGAGGAGAUAUACCCUUUGUUUAUAUUUGUGGUUCAAAAGAUUGGUUUUAUAUCUUUCAACCACAUUAUUCCUUGUUGGUCAACAAGAGAAAAAGUAAAGAAAAAAGUGGCAAAGCUUGGACAGCUUUGGCCAAUAACUUGUAAUUUUUUUGUUGGUUAAUUAUUUAUGAUUAAUUGAUAAGUCUUUUAGA